UUAUGGAUUUAAAAGCUCUUCCAAACAAGGUUUUUAUCUUAUCAAAGGACUUUUCAUUAGGGUUGGCAGGACGAUACUUAUUCAAUCUCUAGAUAUUUUUCCCGGAAAUAUAGUUGUAACAAUCUCUAUAUCUUGAUCAAUCUCUAGUUCAUCACUAGUAUAACGAAGGGAAAGAACACAGGAUAUUGAUUCUUACGGUACCGUAAUCAAAUUUCUGAGAUCAUGAAUCUCAGUGGAAAGUGUAGUUUCAUCGUAUUUUAACCAAAAAUAGAACUGGGUAUUCCCACUCUUCUUCCAAUUAUCCCUGUUAAAAAUUCCAGCUUUUCAUCUCAAACCAAAAAUUAAACUAAAUGGCAACCUCCGAGUCAACUCCGAAUUUUUUUAUUAUUUUUUUCCAAAAGGGAAUUUCUCGGUUUUCCUCAUCGUUGAACGUGGCUUCCCUAGGCUUCCUCAGUCCGUUGACUUCACGAUGCAUAUCCGCAUUACAUUUCUGAACAUUCCCCGGGUUUUUCUCAGAAAAUGCUAUAAAUGGGGAUGGGUGAGAGAGGUGGAUGAAGAAGAUCGGGUUGAGAGCGUAGGUUGAGUGGUUUGUGGAGGUGUGGGAUAAGAUGGGGGUGAUGGGGCUAUCUUCUCCUUCUGUAGUUGCAACUGUGGUUAUUGUUUUGGGUUUGGUGUUGAAUGCGGCAGUGGUGUGUCAUGGAGGAAUCACAAGUAGUUUUGUGAGGAAGGUUGAAAAAACCAUUGAUAUGCCUCUUGACAGUGAUGUCUUUCGUGUGCCUCUUGGUUAUAAUGCCCCUCAGCAGGUUCAUAUAACACAAGGAGAUCAUGAGGGGAGAGGAGUGAUUGUCUCAUGGGUCACUGUGGAUGAACCAGGCUCAAACACAGUGCUCUACUGGAGUGAAAAGUCCAAGCGCAAGAACAGAGCUGAGGGAAUCAUGGUUACCUAUAAAUUCUACAAUUACACGUCUGGUUACAUUCAUCAUUGCACUAUCAAGAAUUUGGAGUUCAACACCAAGUAUUACUAUGUGGUCGGGAUUGGACACACUCCACGCAAGUUUUGGUUUGUAACUCCUCCUAAAGUUGGCCCAGAUGUUCCAUACACUUUUGGUCUUAUAGGGGAUCUUGGGCAGAGUUAUGAUUCAAAUAUGACACUUACGCACUAUGAAUUGAACCCUGCGAAGGGAAAAACCGUGUUGUUUGUUGGAGACCUUUCAUAUGCUGAUAGGUACCCGAACUAUGAUAACGUUAGGUGGGAUACAUGGGGAAGGUUCACUGAGAGAAGUACUGCUUAUCAACCUUGGAUAUGGACUGCAGGAAACCAUGAGAUUGAUUUUGCUCCUGAAAUUGGUGAGUUUAUACCCUUUAAGCCUUAUAGUCAUCGAUAUCAUGUCCCCUACAGAGCAUCAGAUAGUACCGCUCCCUUCUGGUACUCUAUCAAGAGGGCUUCAGCAUAUAUCAUUGUCUUAUCAUCAUACUCAGCAUAUGGAAAAUAUACUCCUCAGUUUAUGUGGCUUGAAAAGGAGCUACCAAAAGUUAACAGGAGUGAGACACCAUGGCUAAUUGUUCUUAUGCAUUCCCCAUGGUAUAACAGUUACAACUAUCAUUAUAUGGAAGGGGAAACCAUGAGAGUAAUGUACGAGCCAUGGUUUGUGCAGUACAAAGUUGAUGUUGUGUUUGCUGGUCAUGUUCAUGCCUACGAACGAUCUGAACGUGUGUCCAACAUUGCUUAUAACGUCAUAAAUGGCAUUUGCACUCCUGUAAAUGACCAGUCUGCACCAGUAUACAUCACCAUUGGAGAUGGGGGAAAUCUCGAAGGCCUGGCAACCAACAUGACAGAGCCACAGCCGAAGUACUCUGCUUAUCGUGAAGCCAGUUUUGGACAUGCCAUUUUUGACACCAAGAACCGAACCCAUGCUCAGUAUAGUUGGCACCGCAACCAAGAUGGAUAUGCCGUGAAAGCUGAUUCCUUAUGGUUUUUCAACAGGUUCUGGCAUCCAGAAGACGAUUCCACAAGCACCCAGUCAUGAUGUUAUCAACCUUAAUUUGUUCUACUCUGUUUCAAUAAGCAGCUCAACUGCAGGAAUAUUUAGCUUGUUUUUCCUUCUUUCCUCUAUUGGUCUGCAUCUUCCCUUCCACUUCUUCUGCAUGCCCGCUUAUGUUCUCUGAAUCUGAAAGGCAUUCUCCUCUUUCAAGUGCUUGUUUCACUUAAUUGUAACUUUAAGUUCCUGGAA